CGGGCGCAGCCCGUAAUUUGAUUCUCGCGAGGUAGACACUGACAGACUGAACUGAACCACCAGGCCGUUAGAUGGCAGUUUUAUUUCCGCGGGUGAGGAUAUUUCGGGUGGCAGUUUUAAGCCAGCUGGUGAGCAUAUUUCGGUGGCAGUUUUAAGCCAGCGGGUGAGGAUAUUUCGGGUGGCAGUUUUAAGCCACGAUGCACAAGUCCCAGGGCAUGACAAUUCCUUGUGUUGCUGCAAACUUGGGCGACACGGAAAUGCAUCUGGGCGGUACGUUUACCGUCUUGUCUCGGGUGCCUGCCUUGACUGGUCUUGCUUUGGAACGUGGCUUGAAUUUCGACCGGUUGGCCAAGAUCAACCAGAGCCGGUCUUUGUUGGCACGGAAAGAAUACGAAGCUGCGAAAUGGCCACCGCUCGAAGCCAAUGCGCUUCGACAUUUUCAGUCGGUCCUUGCAGAGCUGUUGCUGAAACGGGAGUCUCCCGAAGCAGCUGUGCUGGACACGAUCGGCGGCUUGGCCGAAACAGCAGCUGAGCAAUUGUCACUGCCUGACUUCACUGCGGAACUGUGAGCACUUUCUAGGGUGGAAACGCUGCGCAAUCAUCGUGGCGGCGACGGCCGGUGCCAUUUCUACCAUAAUUUCUACCGGGAGAGUGCGGAAGGGCUCUCGCACGGGGGCGGCUUGUGCAGUUUGAGCAGAGAUGGCACCCACGACGAAGAGGAGGGGGC